AACCGUAUGCUUAACAUUUAUACAUCCGGUUACAUAUCUGGCUCAUUGUUCUAUGUGGUUUAUCCUUGUAGCUAGUCUGGCUCUCUACUGGCCCCGUUUGGCUUAAAAUUGCUUUACACACUUUAGGUCUUGAGGUUGAGGUGAGUUCUAGCACGAAAUAUAACCUCUUUAACACAAUUUUUCGAUUAUACCUGGGGUUUUAUUUUAACAAAACAAACUAUGGUCUGACAUCAAACAUACUGAUAGGCCUACAGCUUCAAUUGCUAAAUUCAUCCAGGUCUAACAAUUCUCAUUAUUUGGUCGGAACUUUAAACACGUCCAAUUGUUUCCACCCGUAGGAGUUUAUUGGUCGAAAUGUUUGAAUUGUAUACAAACCAGAAAACCAAAAUUCUAUCUGUGAAUUAUGUUGCUAAUUACCCAGCAUACGGGCAUUUAAAUAACAUACUCGGCUCAAACGGCGAAAUUUAUUUCUCCAAAGGUGAGAUGGCCGCAUCGGGGCUGGACGAUUUGAAUUUUACAAUGAAAGCGAUAACCGGCACGCGCCAGUCAGGCUCGGGCAGCGCAGGCGAUUAAGUUACCACUGUCGGUGGGGUGCCUGGGAGCUCGGCGACUCUUUCCCUAUCAGAGGACAAUAGACUCGUUUGUGUGGAGUAUCCAGGGAUUAUCUCCAAUGUGGACAAUAUGCUGGAAACUAUUGGGGGUAUACAAGGGGUGUCCAAGACCUAUGCUGACCCCAGCAGGCGGUUGGAGCUGCGCUUUCGUCCCAAGGACCCGUUCUGCCACCCUGUCUGUGGAAAUCGUUUCCCAUCCACCAACCUGCUGCUGCACGUGAAAAGGAUUUUGCGCAAAGGCAACCCCAAGGAAUCUCAAAUCAACAUGGACAUCCUGGGAGUCAUUGAGACAACAUACAAAUUCCAGGGUUCAACUUCCUAAACCCAAACACUUGACCCAUUAUAUCACUGGAUGGCUAACUUCCAGUAUCUUGUGGUGCAUUCAGCAAAGGACAGCUCGCAUACAUCCCUCUACAAUAAAAUACUCUUGCGUAAAGCGGAGAAUAAUGAGUUCUUUGAGCAGCCUAUGUCCCUCUUCAUUCCUCCACCCAUCUUCUCUCGCCUGGACAGUGCUGUGGACUACAGUUACCGACCUGAAAUCCAACACAAAAGGAUAUUGACCCCCGACAGUAUCCUGGAAUAAUUUGAUUGGUUUGAUUCGAGCCCGUCGGCCUCACAACGCCAUCUUCCUCAACUUUGACGACAAGAAUGUCCCCGCGGAGCCCCUGGAGGCUGCGAAGUUCAACUGGAAGAGGGUGUGUGUUCACCCCAGUGACAUAAAGGUGCAGAGGAACAAAUUAAUAAGAUGUUUGAGAGCUGGCCCAUCUGGUCCCGGAACUCGGUCAAGGCCAACCUGGACAUCCACCCAUAUAAACUGAAGCUGCUGCUCCCUAUCGUGGCCUACUACAUGGUGACAGGCCCCUGGAGGAGCCUCUGGGUGAGGUUUGGCUACGACCCUCGCAAGACAACAGAGGCCAAGAAAUACCAGGUGCUGGACUUCAGGAUCCGCUGCAGUACCAAGCACGGAUAUACUAUAAAUGACAUGCCAGUGAAGGCCAAGAGGAGCACGUUCAACUAUACCCUGCCAAUCACACUCAACAAAGCAAGUCCCCAGGCUGCUAAUGUUACAGAUUUAGCCCCCGAGGGCCCUUCCGGGGGACAUAACACUAAUAUAACCGGGUACCAGCUCAAGUUAUUAGACCAAAGACUUCCCCACAACUUACUCACAUGCUCUACAUGUUACACUGUACUUAUAAGAAUAAUGACACAGUAAUAAAACCUCACAUGCUAACUGCCCUCUACCCUGUCUUCUUUUUGUCCAGGAGUCGUCGUACAUAUUUCGAGAUGGGACCCUGCCCCCGCAAAGGC